ACUAUGGCGUUCAAGGUACUUGCUCUGACGCUGUGUUGGGUACUUUUGGGAGCCCAUAGCGUACCAACGCCAGAUGCCUCCUGCACCAUCAAUUCAAUCAACGAUGUAGAUAGCGUCGUGUCCAGCUGUACCACUAUUACCGUGGGUACUUUUACCGUACCAGCUGGUACGACCAUGAUCAUGAAUUUGAAGCAAGGAUCCAAGGUUUCCUUUACCGGCGUCAUUGAUUUCGCUUACAAGGCAUGGUCAGGCUAUCUUCUAGAAAUUAUUGGAAAUUCGGUCACUGUCGAGGGCACUGGAAGUCACCUGUUCCACGGGCAUGGCGAGCAGCAUUGGGACGGCAAAGGUGGGGCGGGCUCUAGUAAACCCCCAUUAUUGUACGUGAAGGGGACCGGUUCGACAUUUAAAAACUUCAAGAUCAAGAACUGCCCCUUGAGAUGCGUCGCUGUCGACGGCUCAAACAACGUAGUUCUUAGCGGCUUCAUCAUUGACAAUUCUGACGGUGCUCCGGGAACCGCGUCGAGUGGAAAAGAAGGCCACAACACCGACGGAUUUGGUAUCGCCAAAUCAUCAUACGUCACUAUUAAAGACGCCACCGUUACCAACCAGGACGACUGCGUGGCUAUCAAUUGCGCCCAACACGUCACCAUCGACAACUUCCACUGCAUCGGGAGUCACGGAUUCGACAUAGCAGUGGGAAUGUCGUCCGAAUACGAUAAAAAUGUCGUCGAGAAUGUCACCUUCUCCAAUUCAAUAUUGGACGGGGGAAUGUACGGAUUGCACAUUUUAACUGUCAACGAUGGAGGCCAAGGAUAUGUGGACAAUAUUAAAUACAACAAUAUUAAAAUAAACGGCCCGUCAGAUUACGGUGUGAUGAUCCAACAGGACUUCUCGAACGCGAAGCAGGGGUCCACUGGGAAUCCUACAGGAAAUGUUCCUAUCAGCAACGUCGACAUUAAAGGUGUCACUGGUACCAUGAAUGGGCAGUACUCGUCUGCGGUAACCAUCAGAUGCGCGGCAUGUUCGAACAUCGUCUUCGAAUCAGGCUUUUCGAUUACAGGCGCUAAAGCUAAGGACGAAUGCAAAAACUUCCAACCCACCGGUUACAAAUGUAACACGUAAUAUAGUUUUGUUUAGAAUGUUAAUUGGUAGCUUUUGAUCCACCUGUAGGACCACGCUUUAAAGUUUAUUUAUUAUUAUUA